AAUUCUGCUCUUCUUCUUCCCGCUGCAGCCACCCGAAGAAAAAAAAAAGGGAAACCCAGCCAUGCCUUGGAAAAUUGGUAAGGAAGCUUGGUAUUUUCCCCUUCCUUUCUUGUUCUAGAACACACCUAGAACCCAGAAAUCUUCCCCCCCUACUGGAAAAGCCGGAUCUGCCCUGCUCUACUUUGUCCUUCCGCUGGUUGCUCUUGAUUAUGGGUGAUUUCUGGGCAUUUUUUCGGUAAGAACAACCAUGAUUUCAUCCUUUUAGCUUUGAUUUAAGUUGGGUGUGCCUUCAUUUCCUCUUGGUUCUCCAAUUUUUGGGUAGAUUGCGUGAUUCUUCCCUGCAAUGCCGUCGGCUUUCCCCCUCUACUAGGUUCGGUUUUUGCUUGCAAUUUCUGCUUUAGGACCAUGAUUAAGCACUAAUUCAAGUGGGAUUUAUGUGAUUGAGUGUUAAUUGAUUGCUGUGAUUUUUGGAGUGAAAUCCCGUGAGAUUAGCUAGUGUGUUGGCCAAUUUUUGGAAGUGCAGUUACUGUUCAUGUCGGGGUUACUGUUCACGUCGUGGUACUGUUCACGGGUACUGUUCACAAAACACUGUUCACACCCCGAGGGCCAAUAAUUAACGGGGAUUUAAAUGAUUAGUUUGUGAUAUAAGAACGAAUUUAGAGAUAUUUGAUCAUGUGGAGAUUGAUAGGAAUAGCAUCGGCAUUAGGAGUGAUCUUAAUGAUGAUUUCAGUGUGAAUUUGUGAUAGUCCGAUAUUAAUUGUGGAAUAUUUUGAUUAGGUUCCUGAUCGUUCUGUCAGUUAGUACGUGAAUUGAGUGCUCGGUUUUAUGCAAGUGAGGAAAUGAAACCGAGGACGGGGAAACCACGGGAAGUGACGAGUUAGAAAGCUAGCCAUUUCGAGAUUGAUAUAAAUUUUAGAAAUAAAUCAUGAUCUUGUAUUUGGAGAUUUUAUGAUAUCAGAGAGAUUUUAUAAUUUGAUCUUCAGAUUUUGAUGGUAUCAGAGUGUGAAUGUGAUAAGUUCCGAGCCUUGUGCAUUUGUGGGACCCGUCUCACGAGUGCAUGGCGUCUGUCGCGUCUCGAAAUUGGGUUUUGGGGCGUGACAAUAUGAAUGAGAACUAGGAAGUGAGCAGCAAAUAUGAGAGAUUAAAGGCUUAAAAGAGGAAUACUCCAUUUGAAAAUUAGAGGGAAUGGUAGAAUUUCCUAAAUUGGGGGAAAGUUUUGGGAGGUGGUUGAUGAAAAUUUCUAGAAGAGAGAAUGAAUGAAAUUAGGUUUU